AUGGUGUUGUGGCUUGCGGCUAAAAACCGCCUCCUGACUAAUGCGGAGCGUAGUCGGCGUCAUGUUGCAGUGUCGUCAGCCUGUGAACUUUACGGUGAUGAUGAAACGACCCUUCAUGUUUUUCGGGAUUUUCCCUCGGCUAAGGAGGUCUGGCAGGGCUAUUUCCAGCUGAUUGAAAAUUGGAACACGCUUUUCGCGAUAACGGUGUGGUGUAUGUGGAGGUGGCGCAACGAGCGUAUUUUUAAACAUCAAUUUCCCGCUAUAGCGGCUCGACUUAUGGAGAUUCGACGCUCGUCUACGGGCUACACAAAUGCAGCAGCAGCCUUUUCGUCAUUUGGUGCUGUACGACACCUUGUAUAG